UUAUAAGAAGCCUCAGAGGAGGCAUGCGUUCAGUUGUUGAAAACCCUUAGCCUAAGGAUACGAGCCGAGCCACCAAAAGACUCUCCUGUAGCCACAGAAAGGAGGACUCUGAGCAAAUAUCUUUACGUCACAGAAAACAGGCUGGACCAGAUCCCAUCGGCUUUAUCUCCCAGAUUCUCCAGCGUUUGACCCUUGGGUUAGACUCUUCUGUUGUACCUGCUGGGCUCCUGGUUGUCCCUGCCUGCUUGGCUGUGCUGAGUGAUGAAGAUCCCUCUGUGGAACCUGGUGGUGCUGCUGGCAUGUCUCUUCACCCCUGGACGCAGUGACUGCCAGGAGGACUGUGUGGCCUGUGGCUUGCUCUUUCAGCAGCAGCAGCAGAUGCAGCAAGCCUUCAACACCGUGGUGUGUUUGUUGGAGUGCGAGGGUCAUGUCUCCUCUUCGCUCACAUGGGAGGUGUGUAGACGUGUCAAGCUGUCGCACUACCCCCCGCUGUUGGAGAGAGAGGCUCUGUUCAAGAGAACGGGACAGGAGCUGGAGCUCACUUCUCUGGAUCUGAACUCUGACAGUGAACUGCUGCAGUCGGCGGCCGUGGAGCCCUUCCAGGAGGGGGAACGGGAUGAGGCGCCCUUUGAGCCGCGCAGUGCCCAGUAUGACUCAUCUUUGCUGGAUUCCUCCGAGGAGGGGGAGGGCCUGCGGGGUGUGGAUCUCAGCGUGGCGGACGCAGAGAGGAAGCCGAGGGACGAGAGGAACGCGGGGAGCGACAGCCAGCUGGAAGGGGACGAGGACGAUGCCUUAGAGGCCAUCACCUUAUCCAAACGCUUUGGUGGCUUUCAGAGGGGGCGCCACGGGUACAGGAAGCUGAUUGGCUCAGCCGUGAGGCCCAUACAAAAGCGCUACGGCGGCUUCAUAGGCGUCCGGAAAUCUGCCCGCAAAUGGAACAGUCAGAAGCGGGUGAACCAGCUGCUCAGGCAGUACCUGGGCAUGAGGAGCAGCCGCAGCGGCAGGUUCAACAGCAUCCCGGUAACUCGCGCGUGGAGGCAAAACAAACUGUAACACUCUCACUACUCCCAGUUACCUGAACCAGAUCACGUUUCCAGCAUCUCACUCCACGUUUGAAGUGUGACGUCAUCGCCGUCACCCAAAAGAACAGACUCCGCCAUCUCACCGCGCCUCUUUUUGUGUCUCUAAGUAUCAAGGAAUGUUUUGACCGUGAUGUCCUUCUAAAUAAGCAUAUUUUAACGCCAUCCUAUCAAAUAAAAGAAUUAGAGAAGUGCAAUUGGAUACAUUUUGUGUGUGUGUCGCUAUGAUAAAAAAGGGGCCAAAUGAGAUUGAAAAACUGGUUCACUGCAAGCUUUUCACCAGAGGUGAGACCUGAGGGUGUGACAUUUAAAACUCAUGUUGAAUGCACUUUCAUGCAUGCGUGGACGGCUUUCUUUUUUUUUUUUUUGCACUCUGUAGUUUGUGUUACUAAUGUCAAGCUCUCAUGUAAUGGACCUAUUCAUCACUGCAUAGGCCCCCCCUUUUAAAAAUGGCAUUUCAAAACCAAACAAAUUAUACACUAUUGUUAUCAUUAUAAUCACCAAUCAGAUUGGAAGUGAACCACCAGCACUUUUCUUUUAAGAUGGGUCAUCCAGAUGGUAGGACAGUGAUGAAGCACACAUUCCUGUUAACUACUGAUCUACCAAUCUCAUUUUCUACUUAAGGAACUUCAUUAAUUAAACACAAUGUGUAUUAAAUUGGUUUUCUGAACUUUCAAACUUACCAAGACUUUGCAUCGCUAUGCAAAAAUAAGCCAUGUUCCCAUUGCUUAGUUCUGGGGGGGGGGUUCUCUCAAAGGAAUGAGCAGCAGGUUGGCAGACUCCCCGAGGUGCAGUGGAACUAUACUGUCCUCUAGUGUCUGAGGAACAAACAUGUUGCCCAUUGGAUACUGACUUGGGAUCAGUUGUGCCAUGCCCUUCAUUAUACUUGAUGUCAUUCUCUAAUUAGAAAUUAGCACACGAUGUCAAAUAUACAAAUAUGCUUAAUUUAUGGUUGAUAUUUACAUGGUCUUCACAGUUAAACUGAACGAUCAUGAAUGUUCCUUAACCAAACCUGAGGAAACUAGUGUCCAUUACUCCUCCUUCUCACAGUAUUAAUAGUGCUUGUAUGAUUGUGUAUCAUAUUUGCCAACCAUCUAAGAUACUGUAUCAAAAUGAAUUGCGUGGGGUGGGUGGCUGAAACUUAGAUUUCACUUUUUAGAAAAGCAAAGCCUUCUGAAGUGGAAGGAAUUAUUAUUUUUUGGACCCUCCCAUUAUCUCAAAAAAUAAUUUCUUUGUUAAAAGCUAAAAGAAAGCAAAGCGUGAAAAAUUUGUAGGACAAUACAGUAUAUUAUACCUUAAUUUAACCCAUACCAUGGGAAUCGAAGAACAAUGUUUAUUGCCAUAACUGUGCACCUUAGAAGUGGAUUUAUAAAUUUCCAAUUUUUCAACAAAUUACACAAUGUGGAAGAAUCCUGCCACUUUAAAACAAAUUUAAAACAAAAGAAAACAAUGUGCACAUCCAACAAUUCUUAGAUGUAGGUCUGUUGGAAAAUAUGACAGCAGACUUUAAAACGUUAGAUAUUAACGGUGAUGUAAUCUAAUGUAUUCUAGUAGGUUUACUGAACUGGCCAGAAUGUGCCUUUGGGGGAGGGGGGGCCAUAUCAUAGUGGAAGGUCUGGGAGUCCUCACCAGGGAAAAUUUUGAGCAUCAACUAAGUAAUUUGGAUACACUUUCAUACACCAAUUUACAGUGGAAAUACUUUUAUUUAACGUAAUAUGUAAUAUAAUGGAAAGUAUGUUGUAGCGUGUCAUUGGGCAUUUUCAGUGGGUAUAUGGAAAUACUGGAGUUAUAGUGGGUAUUCUACGUAUACCUGCUUCUCACGUAAACUACACCAUUGGAUAUUAAACACUAGAUGUUAAAUCUUAGGUGUUUAAUAUUCUUGAUGAAAGUCCAGAGGGGCCAGAAUGUUAGUUUCUUUAAGACAUUGUGAUGCUGAGCUAGAGCUGAGAGCGGGAUCUUCCUGAAAAAAAAACAACAUCUAAAUGUUUUUGUAUAGCUGUCUUGCAUACAUCUGACAGACCUGAGCACUAUAAUAUUCGUUUCCCCAUGCCCAAAUAUUCCAAAUUUACCCUGCAAUUAUAAAAAUGAGGGAGCUAUAUUUUAAAGUGUUUGCAAAUUUGAAACUCAGGAGUAUGAGAAACUAAUCCCUGGUCAGUCCUCAGACAUUACUCCACCCUGGGGCUAUAUGCACAGCUGUUCAUGUCACUUUAGUCCAAGUGUACAUUGGUGCGUGAAGCUGGAAACUGGCGGGGCCAAUACGUGUCCCACUGUAGGAUGGGAAAGAAGGUCUAAGUGACUCCAGCCCUGGAAACCACCAUCUUAAUGUACCCUUUAAGAGCCGAGGGAUGAAAUGAACUGUGCAUGUCAGCUGUGGUCAUUAUUAUACGGAGUUAUGUUUCUGCUCGGGUGGAAAAAAAAACAUGUUCAUUUGUUUUUUGCCGUCAAGAUAUUUUCCUCCACUUGCAUUUCCAAUUAUUUUGCAUCUAAAUAGUGUUUACGUGUUGAUUAGUGUCUGAUUAUGAGGUGUAAUCAUGUAUGCAUAUGAGUGUGUGAAUGAUUGAACUGUGACUGUGCAUAUGCAUGUGUUUGAAUGUGUGCGUGUGUCAAUCCAACACAAAAAAUGGAACUUAUGAAUACAGUGUACAGACUACAUUUCUAACAUGAUAUCAUUGUUCCGAGUCUUCAGACAAAAUGUGUAUAGAGAAAAACCUACAAUAAAACUGUUUGCUAUUUC